AUUCAACCUUCUUAAUGUGAGACACAUAUUAAUAUAUGAAUAAGAAGCUUCACCUUUGAAUCGUGAUAAAGUAACUAACUUCAAUCUGGAAUCGGGAAUAGAUAACGAACUUCAGCUCGGGUACGUUGAGAACUUUCCGAGAUAAACUUUAAAAGUACGACUGGAGGAUCGUAAUAAUCUGAAUUCGCUGAUUUGAGCGCCAUGUUGAGUAGAGUGAGUCAAAUAGCUUAUAAAAAUAGCAGUUUCGUGGUAACAGAUUGAAAAAAUAAGUUUAAGGGCACGUAGGAAAGCUUUCAGAAGACAACAGUAAUAUUUCAUUUUCUUUUUUUUUCAGUUAUAAACUUUUAGGACAACAGAUAUAAACGCAGACGAAGUAGAAUUUAAGAAUAUUUGGUAGUAUUCGUAUAACGUUAUACUUAUAGCCUUGCCUGGGUCUAGUACUAGUAGGCCUAUAUGAUAUAUAGGUAUUACUGUACAGUGAGUGACUGCCAAGCUACAGUACAGGUUCACUUACGUUACCCUGUAAUCUGUAUAGACGGGCGUAGCCUAAGAUUUGGACUCGGGCUUAGGAUUGAGAGUGGGUCGUUAAAUCUUAAUAAACUCAUCUGAACAAUAUGAGAAGUGGAUUUGUUCGAACUGAUUUAAAUAGAACAGUAUGGGAAGUGCCAGAACGUUAUCAGUCUCUUCUUCCUGUAGGAUCUGGUGCUUAUGGACAAGUUUGUUCAGCAUGGGACUCUGUACACAACAUGAAAAUAGCGAUCAAAAAACUGGCCAGACCAUUUCAGUCCCAAGUCCAUGCUAAACGAACCUAUAGGGAACUUCGCCUGCUUAAGCACAUGGAUCAUGAGAAUGUGAUAGGCCUGCUUGAUGUUUUUACCCCAACUACUACAUUAGAUGACUUCCAAGAUGUAUAUUUGGUAACCCACCUAAUGGGUUCUGAUCUGAACAACAUUAUCAGAACUCAGAAACUAAGUGAUGAUCAUGUACAGUUCCUUAUCUACCAAGUCCUAAGAGGACUAAAGUACAUCCAUUCUGCUGGUAUUAUUCAUCGGGAUUUGAAGCCAAGCAAUAUUGCUGUAAAUGAAGACUGUGAACUCAAGAUCUUGGACUUUGGACUUGCGAGGCAAGCUGAAUCACAGAUGACUGGUUAUGUUGCCACUAGAUGGUAUCGAGCACCAGAAAUCAUGUUGAAUUGGAUGAGAUACAACCAGACAGUGGACAUCUGGUCAGUAGGAUGUAUCAUGGCUGAACUUCUAACAUCAAGAACUCUCUUCCCAGGAACUGACCAUAUUGACCAACUAAUGCGAAUCAUGGUGUUAUGUGGGACUCCAACCCAGGAUUUCAUGAAUAAGAUUACUAGUGAGGAGGCCAGGAAUUAUAUUCGCUCACUGCCUGUCAUGAAGAAGAAAAACUUCAGAGAUGUCUUUAAAGGAGCUAAUCCUAAUGCAAUUGAUCUGUUGGAGAAGAUGCUAGAAUUAGAUGCAGACAAACGUCCCACUGCUACUGAAGCAUUAGCUCACCCUUAUCUUGCCCAGUAUGCUGAUCCAAGUGAUGAACCAGUUGCUGAACCUUAUGAUGAAUCCUUUGAAGACAGAGAUCUUGCUGUGUUAGAGUGGAAAAGUCUAAUUCACAAAGAAGUGAACAUGUUCGAGCCGAAACUAAGACAGAUCUGCGCAGGAUUGACAGAACAGGCCCAGAAUGUGCGGUCAAAGAUGCGUUUAACCAUCAAGGAUCUGGAAAUGUUGGGAAUUUGUAGAUGAUUGAAAUCAGAUUUGUUACAUUAGUAAAAGAUCACUAGAUCAAGUUAUUGUCUCGGAACGUGUGUCGUGUUUUUGCAGGAAGGACAUUUCUUUAUGGUUGUGCAUAAGUAUUGUUUUCCAGAAAAUUAUGUAAAACUAAUUGACGAUUUCACCAUUAGAAGAACUUUAAAAUUUGCCUCCUGCUUGAUGUGAGGUUUUACACAAAUCUCGAUGUUACUUGCAUCUUAACUCAUAAAAUGUGACUGAUUCGUAGAUAUUUUCAAACACGAAAUCAAAUUUCAUUUGUUUGUUUUUAAUUACGAUUAAAAAUAUAAUGAGCAAUAAGAUAUAUUUAUUUUUCGGUAAGGACAAAUUCGACAAAACUGUAUUAAUAUUUAAAUUAUCGGGUCGUGAAAAUAUAAACAAAACCUAUACAAGUGAUAAUACAUAGAAAACCCAAGAAUUCUAAUGGUGAACUGGUCUACUUAAUAUGAUUUUCUCUGUGUACAUUGUGUGGAUUGAACUCGUUACUAGCUGUGUGAUCUUCGUUUAGGUUACGGAUAUCUGUUGGUCAGAUUUUCACUCCUAUAAGUCUUGCCCUAAAAUAUUCAAGCUAUUAUCUGCCAACUAGAAAUAAAAUUCAUAGAAAUAUUGGUAGUUAUUUAUUGACAAGUACGAUAUCUGUUUCAAUUAAACCCUGAUCUACUGAAUUUGAUUUGGCCAGCACAUUCUUUCACUAAUUCAGACUUUUGCGUAUACAACUUUUUUUUGGGGGGGGGUUACUGUUUUGCUACGCUUACAUUCUAAUCAAAACACGAUUUUUCUUUUUCUUCUUUUUAUGUGUGUGUUUUCUUAUGUCAAAAUCACAUUUACUCUGCCCCUUUGACAAAAAAAACACACACAAAAAAUAACGUGUGUAAACAAUAUGGAGUAUACGUGUCAAAAUAUGAACUUUUUGAUCAUAGUAACGAUUUAAGCGAAACGCUUUCCGUCAAUUAUGAGUAAUGUUUAAUAAUGACUGCGUUUCGGGUGAACGUCUUUCGUCAGGCUUGACUGCUUAACAAAUAACCGUUACCGAAGUAGUCAAAGCUGACAGCUGCCCUAAACAUUACUAUGGCAAAAAUCCUUUAUUUUGACGAAGUCAAAUAAUUAUGUUAUUGUAUGCAUUUUUGUUCUUAACUUUUUUCAUUAUUAUUAUUAUUAUUCAAUUUGUAUACUUUUUGUAUUAAUAGUUAAUUUUCAUUGUUGUUGAGAGCACCUUGUUUUCACGUCACCCGACAACAGGACUAAGAGAAUUAUUUACAAGUAAACUCGGACUGUCACAACGACAGUCUCCAUUGGUUACCAGAGUAUAUAAUUGGAAAAUGGCGUGAAUAUGUAUCUAUACAAUGCGGUUUUAUUUUUAGGGCAUAAAGUUUUCUUCAAACUUUUUGCAAUGAACUUCGAACGCGCCUUAACGGAAGAACGGCUGUUCUAACUGAAAGUAAUUCUAAUUCAUCUAAUCGGAAUGCUUUAUUAUUAUUAUUAAAAAGUCGGAGAAUCAUCUGUAUUUCUGUUUAUGACAAUGGUUUAAGAUCUGAAAACCGCCGUUUUCAUGUAUCUAUUUUUGUUUGAAACUUUGUAUUCUCUAUAAAUUCUAAUAUGUCAAAUUAGACACAUUUUUGUAUGCGUUAGGUUCAAAAAUAAUUCUACCGACAACCAAAAUCGUAUGAUUUUUAAAAACUAUGAUAGCUGUUAUUUUUAACAAGUGAUCAGUAAUCUUCCCUUUUUGUUUUUAAGUUCAGGCUGAAAAAUGGAUUAAUCUUUUUGUAAGUUUGAGUGCCAGAAUUCCUCACUGUUAAAAUGUAUAAAUAAUUAAGGAACAUGGUAUUGGUAGUUAGCUUUGUAGCAGAAUGAUUUUUUUUCUUUAAUCUAGUCAAGUGAUUUGAUGAUCGUGAUUUAUAGUCGUUUACACGUUUUUUCAAAGAUUUAUCUCUACGUUUACAUUAGCUAUUUACGUAAGAUUUGGAUAUAGCUUGUUUGUUCGUGUGGAUUGAAAGGAUUAUAAACGUUAUCUUAACCACUUGCGUCAUCUACCGUUUACUAGCGGAACCACGUAAACAGCGGGGUUAAAUUUAAUUAUAUAAGCUGCUUAAGACAAUUAUAUUUAAAACAUCUAACUUGAAGUGCUUAUUUCGAAUGGUUAGAAAACUCAUCCAACACAGUAAUACUACAGCACUGCGCUCUGGAAGAUCGUAUUUUCAAACAAAAUCUAAUUUCGUUUCUUCUUUUUUUAUUGUUAACUGAAUAACAACCUUUAAUAGUUAAUAAAAUAAUGUGCACAAUUUUAUUUCAAUAUAAAUAAUUAACUUUCACUCGGGUAAGACCUUGAAGACAGGUAAACCUAGCAAUGAAAGCCUCAUAUUAAACCUUGAUGAAAUGCAAAUAUAGUAUUGACAGUUUCUUACUCUAGUGUUUCAAAUUUCUAGCCUAAACUUUGAAGAUAUACAGAAUCAUCAUGUGAAAUCUUUUGACUUAAAAUGGGAAAACAUAAGUCAUAUAUUCGAACUCAUAAUUCCAGGUGGAAUAUAAGCCAUUAUGUUGAGCUCAAAGAAGCGUAAGUCUUAAAUUUGAAACCACGUAUUAUUUAGGUAUUUAAUGCCAUGUAUACAUGUAAACCAGAAUUUUAAAGAUAUAAAUCUAGAUCUGAUAAUUAUGCGAAAUUGUUAGUUCACCAUUCGGAAACAGGCUUUAAAGAUACUUUAUAUAUAUAUAUGUAUUUAUAGACACACACGCACGCACUUGGUAUUUAAAGCGUUAUUGAAUCAAGGUUUUGAAAACACAAACUCUCCUGUUCUCGGUCUUAAAUCAUGUCAACCUGUACUUGAAGCCUCAAAUGUACACCUCAAAAACUCGUAAAUCUGCUAUUGAAAUAUAUAAAAUCUAUAAAAAAUUAAAGCUGAAAGUUAAAUUAUCAGCCGUCUGUUAGGAAGACUUAUUAACGUGAUAUUUUAAGUUUCGAAUCUCCAAACCUAGCUAUUAUGGUACUAAAGUCUGAGAUUUCAGCCUUGAACCCACUAUUUAAUAAAGCCUCAAUUGAAGACUUGUAAAUCAACUGAAUUGAAAUAUGAGAUCUAGGUCCUUAAGAAAUGUAAAUGUUGUAGUUUAAAACUUCAAAUCUAGACCUUUAAAUCCGGUUUUACAAAUCUGGAAUCUACAUCUUGAAUAUGUUUAAAUUAUCAAACUUUUCUGUAA